AUGUCUCAUAUGUCCGAGUUGGAUGACAACCUCUCCUUGCCAGGAUCGGCCAUUUCGGAGCAUAAUAGCUGCACGUCUCUAAGGAGUUGGACGGUGCCGAAGUUGAUCGCCGAGCUCAGACGCAGGGGGAUUCGGCAUCCCGCAACUGCCCGCAAGGCUGAACUAUAUCGCCUGCUGAUGACUACUCCGGGUUCGUCAGCUGAGCAGUCCGAUAACGACUCCAUCCGGCUGGCACUAGCGCAGAUCCAGUCAUCCAUCACCGGACUCGUUAGCUCAGUCGCGGACAUUCAAUCCAGGGUCGCGGUUUUAGAAACCAGGCCAGCGGCUUCACCGCAAUAUCCGGGUUCGGCAGUCAUCUCUGCCAUUCCCCCGGACGUUGCAGGUAGGCCUUCUGCCACCCCCCAAAUUGCUCCUUCCCAUUUUGUGCCAGAACACAUUAAGAAGGAUAUCCUGGCAGGCAAGGACGUCAAUUUGGCAUCCAUUUUGAUUGCCUCCCAGGAUAUUUCCGAAAACCGGGUGAUCAAUUGCGGAGAGGUUUCCGUGGUUUUGAAGGCCAAGGAUGCUCGUCUAAACAGGAAAUUGUCCGUUUCCGAGUUCGUCCUGGCCUUCAGCCUCUACAGGGACGUGGUGUGCUCCGCCCAGCCUAACCGCAGGGAGGAAUUGGAUACCUACUUGUACCGGAUUGCAGAUUUAGGGCAUAAAUACGGCGGCUCGGCAUUUUACGAUUAUCAUCGUUCGUUCUCUGCCAAAGCCGCCGCAGCCCUGCAUCAGUUUCAGUUCAUGUCCAAUUGGGCAGACUUGGACAUGGAGUUAUUCUGCCGGCACUUCGCGGGUCUGAAGGCUCCUUUGUGCGCUAUCUGCCAGUCCAUCUUUCAUUCUACGGAAUGGUGUCCCAAUCCGGUACAAGAUCCACAGUCAGCGGCCAAUCCAGGUCCUUCCGGGUCCUCCAGGACUUCCUCUUCAACAGACAAACUGGGCAGGCCAAUUGUAUAUCUCGGCAGUAGCCAGGUCCCUGUGGCCACGGCCAAGACGGAGGGCCCGGCCACCAAGGUCACCUUCCUGGGCAUCAUUCUGGACACCAUCAAAAUGGAGGCUAGCCUCCCCAGCGAGAAGUUGCUCAGGAUUCGCUCCGCUAUUUCCCGGGCGGUCCAGUCUCAUUUCCUUACCAGGGCGGAGCUUCAAUCCUUGCUGGGGAUGCUCAACUUCGCCUCCAGAAUUAUGCCUCAAGGCAGGGCCUUCCUUUCCAGGUUGUUGUGUCUCCUGCCCUCUGCCCCAGAGCAGGAUUCUGUCGUCCAUCUGGACGGCCAGGCCCUUGCAGAUCUUGACAUGUGGAGAAAUGCCCGACGCGGAUCAGUCAAGCACGCCGGUGCCCCAAUUCAGCACUCUCAUCCUGGCUUAAAUUCACUCCUAGAGGAGGCCAAGGGUCUGGUCGCAAAAUCUCUGUCGCCCAAUACGGCGAGGAACUAUCAGGCUGGCCUAAGGGCUUUUGAGAAAUUCACUAAGAGUCAUCCGAGGGGUCAACACUCCGAAAUCUCUCACAUCAUGGCUUUCUUGGCCUAUUGUCACUCGCAUCUCUCUCUAUCACACAGCACCAUCAGACUCUAUUUAGCCGGCAUUCAACAUCACGCCAUGCUGACCACUCCUCACCGCAAAUCCCUCUUCUCCGUUCAAGCCAUCAAGGCCACCCUUCGGGGUAUUCAAAAGGAGGGGAAAGGGUCCGUGUCCCUUAGGCAACCGGUAUCCAGCAAGUUGUUCAGGGAUCUCUCCUCUUCAUUGGACGGCAAUCCUUUUGGGCCCUCCACUAGCCUGAUCCUGAAAGCAGCCAUGUAUCUGGCGUUUUACGGGUUCCUUCGGCCCGGAGAGGUUUUGGCCGGUCCAAAUCGACAUAACCAUCCUCUGAAGCAGCACCUGUUAUGGGGCCAGGGCCAUUUCACUCUCCUGCUGCCCUCCACUAAAACCAAUCAGACGGGUCCCCCGUCCGAGGUCAAGUUCUAUCCAACAUUGAACGACUGGUGCCCAGUUCAAGUGCUGCAUCAACUGCUGGUACACAUCCGUGAUUCAUCUCCUGACAGCCCGCUCCUGCCACAGGCAGCUCAGGAAUAUGGAGACUACUCUGUAGAUGAGACGGCUGACUACUCGAUUGAUGAGUCUAUGCAAGAACAACAGCAGCAACACGUAAAACAACAAGUAAAACAAAAUGUAAAACAGCCAAAAAUUUUGUUAACUGGACCUCCAAGAAUAUCAGUGAUCCCGGUGGCAUCAAACACUGUAGUAAGAGAGUCACUUAAUGCUUUUUUACUUGUAGCUAUCAACACAGCUCACAAUAACAGAGUUUGCAGCACCUGGGGCAACUUUCACUUCAAGAACUUUGAUGGAGACAUAUUCUACUUCCCCGGUACUUGUAACUACGUCUAUGCAUCUCACUGUAAGGGUGCAUAUGAGGAUUUCAACAUCCAAAUGCGUCGUACUAUUGUGGACGGUGUUCCAGUCAUUGACAAGAUCUCCAUGAAAAUUGAUGGACUUGUAGUGCAAAUCGAUCACAACACUGUCUCAGUAAAUGGAAACAAUGUCCAGCUGCCUUUCAGUGGUUCUGGCAUUCAGAUUGAGAAACAUGAUGUAUAUCUCACAGUGACAUCCAAACUUGGUCUUGUCUUCAUGUGGAACGAUGAUGAUAGUCUUCUGCUGGAACUGCAUGAAAAGUAUGCCAACCAGACCUGUGGGUUGUGUGGGGACUUUAAUGGCAUUUCAAUCCACAAUGAGUUCAUUUCCAAUGGGAUCCAAAUCACAGAAGCUCAGUUUGGAAAUUUACAGAAGUUGGAUGGCCCCACAGAACUAUGUAAUGAUGUGCCUCCUAUAGCCAAGAGCAACUGCACUGAUUAUGAAAACAUCUGUGCGUCAAUCCUUCUGGGUUCAGCAUUAUCCAAAUGCAAUUCAUUGGUGGCUGUUGAGCAAUACAUUGAAGCUUGUGUGAAAGACCUGUGCCGAUGUGAUAGCAAAAAUACUGCUUUAUGUAUGUGUAAUACAUUUGCUGAGUACUCAAGGCAAUGUGCUCAUGCUGGAGGGAAACCAGAGAACUGGAGAACUAAAGAUCUGUGCCCUAAAACAUGUCCUUACAACAUGCAGUACCAGGAAUGUGGAUCUCCAUGUCCAGACACUUGCAGCAACCCAGAGAGAAGUGUUUUAUGCGAAAAUCACUGUCUAGAUGGAUGCUUCUGCCCUCCAGGGACUGUGUUUGAUGACAUCAACAACUUCGGCUGUAUUCCACUAGAUAAAUGUUCAUGCACUUUCAACAGUAAUAGCUAUGCUGCUGGAACUUCUUAUAGUACCAUCUGCAGCACUUGUGUGUGCUCUGGGGGAAAGUGGAGCUGCAAUGACUUGCCUUGUCCUUCAACCUGUUCUAUUGACGGAGGGUCACACAUCACAACUUAUGAUCAAAGUCAUUACGACAUACACGGAGACUGUAACUACGUGCUGACUAAGGACUGCAAAGGAAAUUCAUUUAUUGUACUGACAGAGCUGCGUAAAUGUGGUCUGACCGAAAGUGAGACCUGCCUCAAGAGUGCCACCAUUAUCCUUAAUGGAGGAGUAACAAUCAUUUCAAUCAAUCCUUGCGGUAGUGUCUUUAUAAACAACGUCUAUACUCGGCUACCAGUAUCUGCAGCCAAUAUAACCAUCUUCAAACCUUCCUCAUUCUACAUUGUUGUCAAGACAAACUUGGGAGUACAAGUGGUGGCUCAGCUAACACCAUUUAUGCAGGUUUAUGUGGCUUUGGAUCCAUCUUACAAGGGCCAAACCUGCGGUCUCUGUGGAAACUUCAAUGACAAACAGGCAGAUGAGUUCCUGACCCUCAGUGGUGUCAUUGAAGGCACAGCUGCAUCCUUUGCCAACACCUGGAAGACCCAAGCAGACUGUGCAAAUGCUAAGAAUGUCUAUCAUGAUCCAUGCUCUCUCAGUGUUGAAAAUGAGAAAUAUGCCCAGCACUGGUGUGGUCUUAUAUCUGAUCCAUCUGGUCCAUUUGCUUCCUGUCAUGCUAAAGUCCAUCCAGAGGUUUACCAAAAAAACUGUAUGUUUGACACCUGUAACUGUGAGAAAAGUGAAGAAUGUAUGUGCGCAUCCCUGUCAUCCUACGUCCAAGCCUGUGCAGCCAAAGAAGUCAUAGUGACUGGAUGGAGAAGCACUGUCUGCUCUAAAUACAUGUACAACUGCCCCAAAACCAUGAGCUAUACCUACUCUACCAGCACUUGCCAGCCCACAUGCCGUUCCCUCAGCGAGCCUGAUGUCACAUGUGACGUAAAAUUUACCCCUGUGGAUGGCUGCACAUGUGCCAAAGGCUUGCACAUGGAUGACAGUGGUAGAUGCAUACCUGCCGAAGCUUGCCCAUGUUACUUCAAAGGUUCUGCUGUGCCUUCUGGAGAAAGUGUCCAUGAGAAUGGGAUCAUGUGCACUUGCAGUCAAGGACAACUCAACUGUAUUGGAAAUGUUAAACCAGCAUGCACCGCUCCUAUGGUUUAUUUUGACUGCAAGAACGCUUCAGUGGGAACCAAAGGAGCAGAAUGCCAGAAGAGUUGUCAGACUUUGGAUAUGGCUUGUUACACUGCAAAAUGUGUAUCCGGCUGUGUGUGUCCUGCAGGACUGGUUUCAGAUGGCAAAGGCGGCUGCAUCCAGGAAGAACAAUGCCCAUGUAUUCACAAUGAUGCUACCUAUCAACCUGGCGAGAAGAUUGAAAUGAAAUGCAAUACCUGUACCUGCAAAGAUCGUAUGUGGCAGUGUACAAAUAACCCCUGCCUGGGCACUUGUGCUGUAUACGGUGAUGGCCAUUAUAUUACCUUUGAUGGAAAACGCUACAGCUUCAGCGGAGACUGUGAAUACACACUUGCCCAGGAUCAUUGUGGAAAAGGAGGAAACAGCAGCACCUUCCGAGUCAUCACAGAGAACAUCCCAUGUGGAACCACUGGAACCACUUGUUCUAAGAGCAUCAAAGUUUUCCUGGGGAGCUAUGAGCUGAUCCUCACAGAGGAACACAUUGAAGUGGUAGAGAGAGGAAUUGGAGGAGUUGCUCCUUACAAAGUCAGACAUAUGGGCAUUUACCUUGUCAUUGAAGCAGAUAAUGGCCUCAUCCUUAUGUGGGACAAAAAGACCGGCAUCUUCAUCAAGCUCAGUAAAGACUUUGAGGGUCAAGUUUGUGGUCUGUGUGGCAAUUACGAUGGAAACGGUAACAAUGACUUCACCACAAGAAGUAUGUCUGUGGUUGGAGAUGUUAAUGAGUUUGGAAACAGCUGGAAGAUUUCGUCAACAUGCCCUGAUGCCAAACAGCCCAAAGAUGCCUGCAUUUCCAACCCAUACAGGAGAUCCUGGGCACAGAAACAAUGUAGUAUCAUCAACAGUGAUGUCUUUUCUGACUGCCAUGCUAGGGUUGACCCCUCCAAGUAUUAUGAUGCUUGUGUCACUGACUCUUGUGCUUGUGAUUCUGGUGGAGACUGUGAAUGUUUCUGUACAGCGGUGGCAGCCUACGCUCAAGCAUGCGGAGAAACCGGAGCCUGUGUUUCCUGGAGAUCUCCGAACAUCUGUCCUCUUUUCUGUGAUUAUUACAACCCUGAUGGAGAAUGUGAGUGGCACUACAAACCUUGUGGAGCUCCCUGCAUGAAGACCUGUAGGAAUCCAAGUGGGAAAUGUAUGCACGAGCUAUCAGGCUUGGAAGGAUGUUACCCUAGUUGUCCAGCAGCUAAACCAUUCUUUGAUGACGAUGACAUGGAGUGUGUGGCUCAAUGUGGCUGCUAUGAUGAUGAAGAAAAUCAUUACAAGGUUGGACAACUUGUACCUUCCGAGGAGAACUGUAAGAUUUGCUUAUGCAGUAGAUCGGGCAUACAAUGCAAGUACCAAAAAGAAGCAUGUCAUUGUGAAUACCAGGGAAAAAAGUACAAAUACAAUGAUGUUAUCUACAACACUACCGAUGGCAUUGGAGGCUGUAUCAGUGCUAUCUGCAAAGAAAACGGCACCAUUUACAGAGAUAUUCAGAAUUGUCAUGUUUCUACAACCACAACCUUUACAUUUACCUCAACAUAUCUCUCUACCACUACUAAAGGAACAACAGUACCCUUGACUACAAUAUGUGUUAAAGAGGUCUGCCACUGGUCAGAAUGGUUUGAUGCUAGUUACCCUGAACCAGGAGUGGAGAAUGGAGAUUUUGACACAUAUCAAAAUAUAAAAGCUAAAGGGUUUUCCAUAUGUAGUCAUCCAAAAGAUAUUCAGUGCAGAGCUCAGAUGUUCCCUGACACACCAUUAGCAGAGCUUGAGCAAAAUGUACAAUGCAAUGUAUCAUUUGGACUGAUCUGCCAGAACAAAAAUCAGCAUCCACCUAUCUGCUAUAAUUAUAAUAUCAGAGUUCUGUGCUGUAGCUUUGAAAGAUGUGAUAUACCAACUCCAAGUACAGCACCUACAACUGCAAAGCCUUCAACCACACUGUCAACUACCACUAAAAAGACAGUACCUACAACAAGUCCACCUGCAACCACAGUGACAGAAACUUCCUCUCCAACUACCGUUGUUAGUACAACUACAUCUGGAGCUCCAACUACAGGAGUAUGUCUUCCGAAAUGUACAUGGACAAAGUGGCUUGAUGUCCAUAUACCAGGAGUUGGUAAAGAUGAAGGAGAUAUUGAGACAUAUGACAAAAUCAGGGAAUUAGGGCAUAAACUUUGCCCAAAGCCUGAUGGUAUACAAUGUAGAUCGGAGAAAUAUCCCGAAGUACCAAUUGGUCGAAUUGGGCAAGUAGUUCAGUGCAAUCUUACUUUUGGUCUUGUUUGCAAAAAUGAAGAUCAGGAAGGAGACUUCAAGGUAUGCCUCAACUACCAAAUUAAAGUUCUCUGUUGUGAUGACUACAGUCACUGUGCAACGACAACACCAGGAUCAACAAGUACAUUACCUACUACUACUGAAACUACAACCCCCUCAACCACAAUUACAACUACACCUCCUUUAACAACUACCCCUAAAAUUCCAACCACCUCCACAACAGUUUCAUCACCUGAAACAACCCCAACAACUGAAACAUCCACAACACCAGAGACAACUAUAUCUUUAACAACAAAUAGCACAACCACUUCAACGACAACUGAAACAACCACUACAAGUACCACAACACCAGAGACAACUACAUCUUUAACAACAACCACAACUACUCCAGAAACAACAACCACCCCAUUAACAACUGAGACAUCCACAAAAACAGAAACUACUACGCCAAUAAUCACUAUCCCUGAUACCACAACAGUUACUACACCUCCAGAUACCACUACAUCUUUAACAACAACCACUAGCACAACUAGUCCCAAAACCACAACCACUUCAACUACAUUUAAAACAACCCCUGAAACCAGCACAUCACAAACAACUACCACUACAACAACUACUGAAACACCUGAGACUACCCAAACCACAACUACAUCUCCUUCUUCAACAACCACAAGCACCACAACUACUACUAAAAGCACAACUACCUCAACAACCCCUGAGACAACCACAACACCAGAACCAACUACAACCAAAACAACUGAAACACACAAAACAACAACCCCCCAAUUUACUGUCACAAUAAAAACAUUUACAACCACAAAACCAUCUACAAGUAAAGUAGAGGUUGAAACAACAGUUUGCCAGGCAAAAUGCAAGUGGUCAGACUGGAUUGAUGUUGAUUUUCCUAAGCCAGGCAUUGAUGGAGGAGAUAAAGAAACCUUUCAAAACAUUAUGGCUAAUGGUAAAAACACUUGUAAAAACCCCCAAAACAUUACAUGCAGAGCAGAAGAUUACCCUGGGAUAAGUAUUGACAAUAUUGGGCAGAAGGUUCAAUGUGAUAUCACUAUAGGGUUAGUGUGCAACAACAAAGAUCAAACUGGAAUAGUUAAACAAUGUUAUAAUUACCAAAUAAAGGUUUUAUGUUGUGAUGAUUACAGCCAUUGUAGCACAACUCCUCCGCAGACUACACUUACCACUACCUCCACCACAACUACCACAGUGCCACCAACCACAACAGAAACAACAAGCACCACAAGUACAACAGAAUCAACUACGACUGAGACUCCAAAGCCUACAACACCUCCCACUACUCCCACUACAACUACAACUACCACAGUGCCGCCAACUACAACAGAAACAACUACUACCACAGUGCCACCAACUACAACAGAAACAACUACAACAAGUACAACGGAAUCAACUACAACUGAGACACCAAAGCCUACAACUACCACUACUACAACAACAACUGAAACACCAACUACUAUUAUAACAACUACCCCAGUGCCACCAACUACAACAGAAACAACAAGCACCACAAGUACAACAGAAUCAACUACAACUGAGACUCCAAAGCCUACAACACCUCCCACUACUCCCACUACAACUACAACUACCACAGUGCCGCCAACUACAACAGAAACAACUACUACCACAGUGCCACCAACUACAACAGAAACAACUACAACAAGUACAACGGAAUCAACUACAACUGAGACACCAAAGCCUACAACUACCACUACUACAACAACAACUGAAACACCAACUACUAUUAUAACAACUACCCCAGUGCCACCAACUACAACAGAAACUACAACUACAACCACCAUAAGCACAACAGAAUCAACUACAACUGAGACUCCAAAGCCUACAACACCUACCACUACUUCCACUACAACUACCACAGUGCCGCCAACUACAACAGAAACAACUACAACUACCACAAGUACAACGGAAUCAACUACAACUGAGACAUCAAAACCUACAACAACUUCAACAACUGAAACACCAACCACUCCAACACCUACCACUACUCCCACUACAACUACAACUACCACAGUGCCGCCAACUACAACAGAAACAACUACACCUACCACAAGUACAACGGAAUCACCUACAACUGAGACACCAAAGCCUACAACUACCACUACUACAACAACAACAACAACUGAAACACCAACCACUCCAACACCAAUCUGCACACCAAAAUGCAAGUGGUCACAUUGGAUUGAUGUUGAUGCUCCUACCUCUGGAAUUGAUGGUGGAGAUAAAGAGACAUUUGAGAACAUAAUGAGUAAAGGCAAACAAAUCUGCAAGCAUCCAAAAGAUAUUGAAUGCAGGGCUGAAGAUUUCCCAGAUAUUAGUAUUGAUAAUGUUGGACAGAUAGUUAAGUGUGAUUCUAAUGUUGGUUUGGUGUGCAACAACAAAGACCAAACUGGAAAAGUUAAACAAUGUUAUAAUUACCAGAUAAAGGUUUUAUGCUGUGAUGAUUACAGCCAUUGUAGCACAACUCCUCCACAGACAACACCUACCACUACCUCCACUACAACUACCACAGUGCCACCAACUACAACAGAAACAACAACCAGCACAAGUACAACAGAAUCAACUACAACUGAGACUCCAAAGCCUACAACACCUACCACUACUUCCACUACAACUACAACUACCACAGUGCCGCCAACUACAACAGAAACAACUACAACUACCACAAGUACAACAAAAUCAACUACAACUGAGACACCAAAACCUACAACUACCACUACUACAACAACUGAAACACCAACUACUAUUAUGACAACUACUCCAGUGCCACCAACUACAACAGAAACUACAACUACAACCACCUUAAGUACAACAGAAUCAACUACAACUGAGACUACAAAGCCUACAACAACUGAAACACCAACCACUCCAACACCAAUCUGCACACCAAAAUGCAAGUGGUCGCAUUGGAUUGAUGUUGAUGCUCCUACCUCUGGAAUUGAUGGUGGAGAUAAAGAGACAUUUGAGAACAUAAUGAGUAAAGGCAAACAAAUCUGCAAGCAUCCAAAAGAUAUUGAAUGCAGGGCUGAAGAUCUCCCAGAUAUUAGUAUUGAUAAUGUUGGACAGAUAGUUCAGUGUGAUUCUAAUGUUGGUUUGGUGUGCAACAACAAAGACCAAACUGGAAUAGUUAAACAAUGUUAUAAUUACCAGAUAAAGGUAUUAUGCUGUGAUGAUUACAGCCAUUGUAGCACAACUCCUCCACAGACAACACCUACCACUACCUCCACUACAACUACCACAGUGCCACCAACUACAACAGAAACAACAACCACCACAAGUACAACAGAAUCAACUACAACUGAGACUCCAAAGCCUACAACACCUACCACUACUCCCACUACAACUACAACUACCACAGUGCCGCCAACUACAACAGAAACAACUACAACUACCACAAGUACAACGGAAUCACCUACAACUGAGACACCAAAGCCUACAACUACCACUACUACAACAACAACAACAACUGAAACACCAACCACUCCAACACCAAUCUGCACACCAAAAUGCAAGUGGUCACAUUGGAUUGAUGUUGAUGCUCCUACCUCUGGAAUUGAUGGUGGAGAUAAAGAGACAUUUGAGAACAUAAUGAGUAAAGGCAAACAAAUCUGCAAGCAUCCAAAAGAUAUUGAAUGCAGGGCUGAAGAUUUCCCAGAUAUUAGUAUUGAUAAUGUUGGACAGAUAGUUCUGUGUGAUUCUAAUGUUGGUUUGGUGUGCAACAACAAAGACCAAACUGGAAUAGUUAAACAAUGUUAUAAUUACCAGAUAAAGGUUUUAUGCUGUGAUGAUUACAGCCAUUGUAGCACAACUCCUCCACAGACAACACCUACCACUACCUCCACUACAACUACCACAGUGCCACCAACUACAACAGAAACAACAACCACCACAAGUACAACAGAAUCAACUACAACUGAGACUCCAAAGCCUACAACACCUACCACUACUCCCACUACAACUACAACUACCACAGUGCCGCCAACUACAACAGAAACAACUACAACUACCACAAGUACAACGGAAUCACCUACAACUGAGACACCAAAGCCUACAACUACCACUACUACAACAACAACUGAAACACCAACCACUCCAACACCAAUCUGCACACCAAAAUGCAAGUGGUCACAUUGGAUUGAUGUUGAUGCUCCUACCUCUGGAAUUGAUGGUGGAGAUAAAGAGACAUUUGAGAACAUAAUGAGUAAAGGCAAACAAAUCUGCAAGCAUCCAAAAGAUAUUGAAUGCAGGGCUGAAGAUUUCCCAGAUAUUAGUAUUGAUAAUGUUGGACAGAUAGUUCAGUGUGAUUCUAAUGUUGGUUUGGUGUGCAACAACAAAGACCAAACUGGAAUAGUUAAACAAUGUUAUAAUUACCAGAUAAAGGUUUUAUGCUGUGAUGAUUACAGCCAUUGUAGCACAACUCCUCCACAGACAACACCUACCACUACCUCCACUACAACUACCACAGUGCCACCAACUACAACAGAAACAACAACCACCACAAGUACAACAGAAUCAACUACAACUGAGACUCCAAAGCCUACAACACCUACCACUACUUCCACUACAACUACCACAGUGCCGCCAACUACAACAGAAACAACUACAACUACCACAACAACAACAACAACUGAAACACCAACCCCUAUUAUAAAAACUACCCCAGUGCCACCAACUACAACAGAAACUACAACUACAACCACCAUAAGCACAACAGAAUCAACUACAACUGAGACUCCAAAGCCUACAACAACUACAACAACUGAAACACCAACCACUCCAACACCAAUCUGCACACCAAAAUGCAAGUGGUCACAUUGGAUUGAUGUUGAUGCUCCUACCUCUGGAAUUGAUGGAGGAGAUAAAGAGACAUUUGAGGACAUAAUUAGUAAAGGCAAACAAAUCUGCAAGCAUCCAAAAGAUAUUGAAUGCAGGGCUGAAGAUUUCCCAGAUAUUAGUAUUGAUAAUGUUGGACAGAUAGUUCUGUGUGAUUCUAAUGUUGGUUUGGUGUGCAACAACAAAGACCAAUCUGGAAAAGUUAAACAAUGUUAUAAUUACCAGAUAAAGGUUUUAUGCUGUGAUGAUUACAGCCAUUGUAGCACAACUCCUCCACAGACAACACCUACCACUACCUCCACUACAACUACCACAGUGCCACCAACUACAACAGAAACAACAACCACCACAAGUACAACAGAAUCAACUACAACUGAGACUCCAAAGCCUACAACACCUACCACUACUUCCACUACAACUACAACUACCACAGUGCCGCCAACUACAACAGAAACAACAACCACCACAACUACAACAGAAUCAACAACUGAGACUCCAAAACCUAUAACAACAACUAUACCUACACAGACUACCAAGUGCUUCUGCCAUUUUGAUCACAAUUACUUCACCCCAGGGGAAAUCAUCUAUAACAAAACUGAUGCAGCAGGUUGCUCAUUCUAUGCGGUGUGCAAUGACUUUUGCGAAGCUGAAAGAUUUACUGGGCCUUGCACGACUACAAAACACCCAAAAACAAAAUGCAGCACAACUGUUAAACCUUCUACAACCACUCCCUCAACUACUCCCAAAAAGACAACAACCACCACAACUACAACUACCCUUGUUCCGACUCCUAGUACACAAGGCUGCCCACCUCAUAAGACCAAUGAAACAUGGACAAUUAAUAACUGUACAAAGGCCACAUGUCAUGGAAAUAAUGUGAUUACCAUUGAGCCAGUGAGCUGCCCUAAACUGGAGCCAUUGAACUGUGCUAAUGGAUUCCCACCUGUAAAGAAGAUGAGUGCAGAUGGAUGCUGUGAACAUUACGAAUGCCAAUGUGUGUGCAGUGGUUGGGGCGAUCCUCAUUACAUCACCUUUGAUGGAACCUAUUACACUUUCUUGGACAAUUGUACAUAUGUUCUGGUGCAGCAGAUCACUCCCAAAUAUGACAACUUCCGUGUCCUUGUUGACAACUACUUCUGUGAUGCUGAAGAUGGUUUGUCCUGUCCACAGUCUAUCAUGAUCUACUAUAAAUCCAAUGAAGUUGUCUUGACACGUAUGAUGUUCCAAGGAAGAAUGAGGAACAGGAUUAGGUUCAACCAAGACUGGGUAACUCCAGGGUUUACCAAGGAUGGCAUUAUUAUAAGCAGUGCUGGCAUAAACAUGAAUGUGGAGAUCCCAGAAAUCGAUGCGUAUAUCUCAUUCAGUGGAUUGAUCUUUGUUGUUAAGCUGCCAUUCAGCAAAUUUGCUAACAAUACAGAAGGACAAUGCGGUACCUGUACUAACAACAGCACCGAAGACUGCAGAAUGCCAAGCGGCGAGAUUGUGAAAGAUUGCUCCAAAAUGGCUGACCACUGGAAGGUCAAUGUAACAGGCAAGCCUUAUUGUAAACCUCCACAGCCUACACCACCACCUUCUCAUCCAACCCCAGCACCAACUUGCAAACCAUCUUCUCUGUGUGACAUCAUCUUAAGCGAGGUCUUUGCUGCGUGUCACCUAAUCAUUCCUCCAAAGCCUUACCACGAAGGUUGUACCUAUGAUUCCUGUCGCAUACCCACUGACUCAGUAGAGUGCUCCAGCUUGGAAAUAUAUGCCUCUUUGUGUGCUGCCAAUGGGGUCUGCAUUGACUGGAGAGACAAGACUAAAGGACAUUGUCCUUUCAAUUGUCCUGCCGGGAAGGUAUAUGACGCUUGUGGACCAAUACAUCCUAAAACCUGCGGUACCAAGGAAGUUCAAGAACUCAACAAAGCAUAUACUGAAGGCUGCUUCUGUCCUAAAGGAACCAUGCUGUUUAACUCUUACACUGACGUCUGUGUUGAGACCUGCUCUUGCACUGGUCCUGAUGGAAUGCCCAAAGAACCUGGAGUGACCUGGACAAGCGACUGUAAUAACUGCAUGUGUGAGAAGAACUCUCUUACUGUCCAGUGUCAUCCAAUCACAUGCCCUCCAUUGGUUGACUUAUCUUGUAACAAGGAAGGGUUAAUCUCCAGGGAGCUGCCAGAUCCCCAUCAGCCAUGCUGUAUGAAGAAUGAGUGCAUAUGUAACAGCAGCUACUGCCUGCAGAAGGAGAAGAACUGUUCACUUGGAUUUGAGGCUGUCCCUGUACUUCUGGAGGGUGAUUGCUGCCCAUCAUAUGCCUGCAGACCAACGGAAGUCUGUGUAUUCAAGGGGUCUCUGUACAAACCUGGAGAGGAUAUCCCACAAAGCAAAGGAGUAUGUUCAAACUGUGUGUGCACAAAUCAGACGGAUCCUGACACCUUACUGCGCCUUAUGUCAUGUAAACCCAUCGAAUGCCAUACAGAAUGUGAACCGGGAUAUGAACUUAUAUCUUCUGAGGGUGAAUGUUGCGGCACAUGUAAACAGAAUGCAUGUAAAAUAAAACUAAGUGACAACUCCAUAAAGAUUUUGAAGUCUGAGGAUACAUGGGGCCCACCUGAUCAGCCAUGUGUUGAGUAUGAGUGUCACAUAAUUGAUGACCAGUAUGUACCUGUGGAAGUCAGAAGAACUUGUCCCAUUGAAGAAUGUGAUAAUGGCUACAAAUACAAGGUCAACAAUGGUGAAUGUUGUGGAACAUGUAUACCAUACGCCUGUGUGAUCCACCUGAGUGACAACACAACUAUGACUUUGAAGCCUGAAGAACAGUACACUCCACCAGAAGAAAAGUGCACCACCUACAGCUGUUCAAGCACCUUUGAUGUUGAGAAAACCAGCAUUACAUGCCCACCGUUCGAUCGUUCUAAUUGUCUAGAGGGUACUAUCAAAUCUGAUGGCUGCUGUCAGACUUGUGAAUCUGCUCUGAAAGGUUGUCAGGUCCAUAAACAGUCUCAGCGUAUCAAAACCAGCACUUGCGAAUCAGAUCAGGUUGUGGAGCUGUCCUACUGUGGAGGAGCCUGUAUGACAUCAUCCAUGUAUUCUGCUGAGGCCAACAUGAUGGAGCACAAGUGCAGCUGUUGUCAGGAAGUAAAGACCAGCAAACGAGAAAUAAACCUGAAAUGUCUGGAUGGAACCAGCACUGUCUAUACCUACAUAUAUGCAGAGGAAUGCGGCUGUGCCCACACUGAAUGCGAAAGUGACACCCAGACCUCCAGCUCACAGCUACGGCAACAGGUCAAGAUUAAACAGGAAAUCAAUGAGGACCAUCAGAUACAACAAACCAACUAA